CAGACAUGAGGCGGUGGUGAGAGCCCGGCGGAGAGCUGCGGAGCUGAGAAUGAAGCGCACACUCGGAGAGGCUCACACCGUGAAGUGUCGGCGGCUCAGGAAGAGGCUCCGCGCCGCUGAGAGUGAAGCUGCUCCGGCUGAGUGAGGAGAAGGAGCUCCGUCCAUGCGGAGGCUAGCGCUCGUGCUGCUGCCCUGUGCUGUCGCCGUCCUGGUGCACUUGUGGUUGGCUCAUCGACCCUCCUCCACCCCGCUGGACAACAACACAUUCUCGGAUGAGGCAUUACCUUUCUAUGAAGUGUUGGUGGGAGUGCUGUCAGCGAGACACCAUCAUGAACUGCGACACGCGAUAAGAGAGACCUGGCUGGGCUACCUGCGAGACCACCCCCACUUCCAGAAAAGAGUGGGGGUGAAGUUUAUCGUUGGAAGACAUGGGUGUGCAAUUCCAGAGGAGGACCGAGAGGACCCGUACUCCUGCUCACUCCUCAACUUCACAGAGCCAGGCCACGAUGCAGAGAUAGAGAUCGUGACGGUGCCCGACCCCUCGCUGCUCGCCCCCUCCGACGUGUCCGCCAUCGCCCUGGAUUUCAAGGUGCUCCAUCCGGUGGUGAUCACCCGGCUGGGGGUGUUUCCCAGCGGGACGCGGCCCGAGCUCCAGAGCAACGUGACGGUGAAGCUUCUGCAGCUGGACCAGGAGGAGGCCGUGGUCACCGCUCGUUUCAGCGCCAUCAGCACGGGCACGCUGGUGAACGGAGUCUGGUACAAACCAGUGGAGCAGUUCAUCCUCCCUAAGGGUUUUGAAGGGACCCUGGUGUGGGAGAAUCUGGACUCUGUGGGCCUGAGCGCGGUGAACUCUUCUUCUGUGCAGCUGAACGACGGCGGUGGAGUCCUGAAGAUCUCGUCCAUCUCAGAGGGUAUAUUGCCUCAUAGAAGUGCACUUGGAUUUCCUGGUCUGGCCGGAGGCUUCACCUUUACCAUCUACGAUGGAGAUGGGUUGUCGGGGCUCUUGAGGGGCCGCCCGGGCCGGAUGGAGCGCCACGCCUCCAGGCUGCGGCAGGAGGACGCUGCCCUACAGGAGGAGAGCCUGAGGCACGGCGACAUGGUGUUUGUAGACGUGGUAGACACCUACAGGAACGUGCCUUCCAAACUGCUUCAGUUCUAUAAAUGGUCCGUGGGAAACGCUGACUUUAAUCUGCUGCUGAAGACGGACGAUGAUUGCUACAUCGACGUCGACUCAGUUUUAAUGAAGAUUGACCACAAGGGUCUCAGACGAAGCAAUUUCUGGUGGGGAAAUUUCAGGCAGAGCUGGGCCGUCGAUCGCAUCGGGAAGUGGCAGGAGCUGGAGUAUCCAAGUCCGGCGUAUCCGGCGUUCGCCUGCGGCUCCGGUUACGUCGUCUCUCGGGACCUGGUCCAGUGGCUCGCCAGUAAUGCAGACAAACUGAAGGCCUACCAGGGAGAAGACGUGAGCAUGGGGAUCUGGAUGGCAGCUGUAGGACCGCAGAAAUAUCAGGACGCCGGCUGGCUCUGUGAGAAGGAGUGUUACCUCGACAUGCUGUCGUCUCCCCAGCACACAGCUGAGGAGCUGCACAACCUCUGGGACAGGAAGCAGAUGUGUGGAGACCCCUGCGGCUGUCCCUGGGGACACUGAAUCUGUGUCACACCACUCCCACCGGGGGGCGCUGUGGGUAAAAUGCACAUAACACUGGCUGUCUGUUUCUCUGGUGUCCUUAAAGCCCCAGACCGACUUUAAUCAGUUAUUAUUCAAUGAUCAAUACUUUGAAAUGUUGGACUUUCUGUUGGAAAAUAACCUUUAGAAACUUUUAAAGCGUCUUCACAGAUUUUUAAUUAUACUUAAAUAAAAACACAAGGAGCUGCUUUAGGAUUAGUUCAAACUCACGUUUAGCCUCUGUUAGCAUUGCUUUGAGUAGAGUUGUCAUGAAUUUUGAUACGAUUCUAGUAAAAAUCAGCUGAUAUUGAAACACAACAUCAAACACAUAUCCUUUUACUUUAAUACCACAUAUGGAAGUUUAAACUGUUGUCAUGACAACCCUGUUAGCAUCAUUAGCUCAGUCUUUUAAACAUACAAAUGUUUUCAAAGAAGAGACAAAAGUGGAUCUAUGUGCACAGUCACUGCUGAUAAAGAUUGUUCUCUGAUCCUUGAGCCUCUGGGUUUAAAGGGAUUUUAAAGACGACUGCUUUUCAUGGCUGUAUUUUGUAAAUGACUGUCUUAAGCUUUUCAUCCUGGCCACUCUUUGUAGAUCUCUGACGGAGCUUUCUCACACACUCUACUGUCGCGUGUACAUGGUGAUGUGGCCUUACUGUUAGGCGUCAUGCUCUGAGUGUAAACACGGAUUUAAACAGACAUUUUUGAAUUCACGCAGCAAACAGAAGCUGUGAAAUAGAGUCACUAGUUUUCACUGGUUUUCUGAAACCGUCCUCACAGAUAAUAAAGAAGACUGAAGUCUGAUUCUUGACUUUUGUGUUUAUUUUUGAUAAACCCGAGGGUCCCGCUGAUUCUGUCCUGUAUUUCUAAUAUGGAUCAGAACAUCAGAUCUGCUGAGGCUGUGUGACUCUGCUCCUAAAGUCUGUCAGGCUUUAGGCUGGAGAUGUAGCUCCUGAUUCAACUACCGUUCACUGCUUUACUCCACUGACCGCCACAUCCAUCACUGUCGAGGGCGGAGCCAGGCACCUCAAUAACAGUGGUGGACCACACCUCCACAGCCCUGUUAAACUGCAGAAGUAGCUGUGUUUUUAUUCCUACAUCUUUUAAGGUUUUGAUGAGUAUUUUCACUCAGGUUUUCGUUGAUACUCGCUGAGAUCCAUCUUUGAAGUUCUAUCUGCAUUUUGAC